AUGCGGAAGAUCGAAUACCCAAUGCUCGAGGGCCUGACCUACCUCGAUCACGGCGGCACGACACUCGCACCGAAGUCUUUACUCAAGGCUUUCUGCGAGGAGAUGCAAAACACUCUGCUCGCUAAUCCCCAUUCUGACUCGUCCAACCCGAGUGCAACUGCCGUCAUGGUAGAGCAAACUCGACUUGCUGUCUUGGAGAUGUUCGACGCUGACCCAGCACACUUCGACGUCAUCUUCACCGCCAACGCUACUGGUGCCAUUAAAUUGGUGACAGAAGGUUUCUCGGGGUCCCAGAACGGAUUCAACUACUGCUAUCAUCGCAAUAGCCACACAAGUCUGGUUGGUGUCCGGGAACUGGCACAUCGUAGCCACUGUUUCGCUUCCAACGAGGAGACAGAGGAGUGGCUUGCCGGAACAAACCAUACUUCGUUUAGAGGGCCUCUUGCGGAGAAACCAUUGUUGUUUGCGUAUCCAGCCCAGUCGAACAUGAACGGCGAGCGACUUCCGCUGAACUGGACAGGUAAACUACGCUUCUCGUUGCACCACCCAAACUCUUACUCUCUACUUGACAUAGCAGCCUUGGUGUCUACGACCCCAAUUGACUUGAGCAACCACCUCUUCGCCCCUGACUUCAUCGCCCUCUCCUUCUACAAGAUCUUUGGGUUCCCAGACCUUGGUGCUUUGAUCGUUCGGAAGGCGGCUGGCCAUGUGUUCGAUAACCGGAAAUACUUCGGCGGCGGCACAACAGAGAUGACGACAUGCCUUGGAGAAUCGUGGGUAGCCCGCAAGGAUUCUAGCCUCCACGCACGUUUAGAGGAUGGCACGAUCGCUUUCCGGAAUGUUCUUGCUUUGAAAUGCGCUAUAACGACCCAUCGUACUUUGUUCGGUGGGCUUGAUCAAGUCUCGACACACGCCAGAUGGCUCGCUGGUAUCCUCCAUGAUCGUUUGGCAAGCAUGACGCACUACAAUGGCGCGCCGGUAUGUCAAGUAUACAAGCCGAGAGAUGCUGGCUAUCAAGAUUCGCAAAAACAAGGGCCGACGAUAGCUUUCAAUAUACAGAGAAGUAACGGAGCAUACAUCGGCCCGUGGCACGUUGGAGCGUUUCUUAGGGCGAGUAGGAUUCACGUUCGCACGGGCAACGUGUGUAAUCCCGCAGGUAUGGCAUGCGCGCUGGGUGUAAAGGCUGGAUGGAUACGAGGAGCGUUCGACGCAGGCCUUCGAUGCAAUACGGAGGCGGAUAUCGUGGACGGAGUGCCUUUUGGGAUAGUCAGAGUGACUCUCGGGGCUAUGAGUACCUUGGAAGAUCUUGACAAGCUCGUGAGCUGUCUUUCGCGGAACGUCGUAGAACGACAGGGCUACCUUCAAGAGACUGCACAGGUAUAUGGCAAGAAGAUAGAGUCAGUAAUGGAAUCUAGAAGCCCCUCGGCUGUUUCGGAGCUGACUACGAUUCGGAUAAACCCCCCGUCUCUAGGACAUGGGGAACAUACGACCGAAUUCAUGACGCCAGGGAGCAUAAUCUCGUGGAUGAGGAGGAAAAGGUUGUACCCGCGCUUUCAUGAAGAAAGGCACGUCGAUUGAGAGGUAGUCGGUGCAGAGCAGCGUGUUUUCCGUGGUGUUUCGCGCUUAAUCCUAGCUCAGCUUGUAAAUAACGACGUCAUGAUAUUAUCUUCGCCCAAUUACCUGGGUAUUCAUGCCCUUGCCGAACUUCAGAUAAAUCAUGAAAACAUGGGCUGGAUGUCGCAACUUGUUUGGCGUAACAUCUUCGACGAAUUUGGUGUUGCUAGGAAUGAUCGUGGAAACCCCGUUCUCCUCGUGGUGGCUGGUUGAGCUAGUCCACAAAUUACCUAGCGUAUCUUCGGUAUCUAGCAAGCUGAAUGUAUCCCGAGGUCUGGAUGUGUGAACGCGAUACACAUCCGGCAGAUGCGUCAAGGCUACGGCGUACUUGUGAUGAGCAAAGGUCAUG